ACAUCACGUGAGACCUGUGCCCAGGCAGUGCUACUUUGACCUUGGACAGUGGAACUGAACCCCGCCCCCCUGACUCCCAGCCCAGCAGUGGACACCGACAAGGCAAGCCUCCUCUUCUCUUCCCUGCCCCUGCUCUGUCGCCUCGAUACUGGAGUGUGGGAGUAGCAAACACACAGAUUAAAUUCCAACUUGUUGGAUUAUAUACCU